AUGUGUGGCUCAAAAAUAACAGACAGGAGGUUUUUCUUGAAAUUAUUAAGUCCGGCUAUACGCCAAGAGAAAGCCGAUAGUCUCCGCCACGGCGACAUCGUCGAGCGCCACAUGAUUGACGGAGAUCUCGUUCUGUUCAAUCGACAGCCGUCGCUGCAUAGGAACUCCAUCAUGUGUCAUUAUGCGAAGGUGAUGCCGUGGCGCACCUUCCGCUUCAACGAGUGUGUGUGUGGGCCAUACAACGCUGAUUUUGACGGCGAUGAGAUGAACAUGCAUUUGCCACAGACCGAAGAAGCGCGUGCGGAGGCGUUGGUGUUGAUGGGCUCUAAAGCGAACAUGUGCACAGCGCGCAAUGGAGAGCCGCUGAUUGCCGCGACGCAGGAUUUCAUUACAGCGUCGUAUCUGGUGUCGCGCAAGGGCACGUUCUACGACAGGAGAGAAUUUAUCCAGUUGGUGACGUUCUUCAGCGAGGGCAAGUACGUUUAUAUGCACACACACAUAUAUUAA